CAAGAACUGGGAGCCAGGCGGCCGCUUGGAGAGCAGAUUAUGAAGCGGCGCUCCAGCAGCGGCAGUCUCCUCUCAUUGUCUCAAUGGCUGCACACGCAUUCCUCCUGUGCUCCAUCGCUUUGCUGUCUGCUCUCAGCCGGCCUGCUCUGACUCUGUCCGAUGAAGAGCUGCAGCCAGGGCUCACCUACGAUGAAGUGCCUGAUAUCUUGGACAGAAGCAGAGAGAACCCCAAACAAGCCACAAGAGUCACAUCAAGUCAGGAUGGAGAAUACGGCUUAGAAAGCGAAGAGGUUAUUUUAACGCCUGAAGAUGAAAACCCACUCAGGAGAAUCCUGCAGCCUUUCAAGUGGCAUCAUGCCGGGAUCUCUCACAGCAAGAGGAAGCUACUUCAGUCGCUGAUGGGACCAUACGGCCCCUUGAGUGUGUCCUACAACGGCAAGACGUGCAUUCUAUUCAAAGCAAAGCGGCUGGCUAUCCGCUACCGGAACCACACCUUCAUUGAUCUAACUGAGAAAGUAUUCAACGCCAACUCACCUGUAGAUACCAAAGGCUCCGUUUGCACCAAGGAGAAGGCCACGCUUUCGUUAAAGUUUGGUGAUGUAGAAGACUUGCGAGGUCUAGUAAUCAGGCUUCAGAUGUCCAACACCUUCUACGAGGCAGCAGGUCAAAACUGGUUCACCCUGGACAGUGUGCACAUCCACUACAACUGGACUCAGGAGGCCACGUUCAACGCCAGCGAGGUUUACGCUCCCGCUACGUCGUCCUAUCACUGCCAGCACGUCAGCAGUCUGCACAAAUACGACACUCUCCUGGUGCCCAGUUCCCACACUGACACGUCCGCCAACUGGCACAUCACUUUCACCGAUUUCCAGAUUCAAGCCUUCAAUGUGCAGUCGGACAAGUUUGCGUCGGCCAGUGACUGUGCCACUUUCCUGACGCCGGCCAUUCUUAUGGGCUUGGUGACGUCUCUGAUCCUGCUCCUGGUCCUGGCCUACGCACUGCACAUGGUGGUUCACCUCAAGCACAUCGACCGCUAUGAAGAGCACAAGGCGACCGUCUACUUCCCCCGGAGUCCAGAGGCUGAACUGCCGGACAAGAAUAGCCUGUGAGCAAAGAGGACGGGCAGAGAGAGAGAAAAAGCAAGGCAGCGGCAGAAAGCAAGUCACGGAAAAAGUAUCCUCCACAAUGUACUUCUUUAACAAAAUGCCUGUUCACGUGAAUACCUUGUAAAUCACUCGUACCUAAAUGCAGGAUACUUUUUCCUCAUUGACUUGUAUCUUGGCAUCCGGUGCCUGGAUGCGCAAGCCUCUCCUGGGCCUACAGUUCAUGAUCCAAAUGUCAAAAAGGUUAAGGACAGCAGUCCUGAGGCCCUGAGGGGCGACAAGCGGCCUUUACCCCAGCCAGCCAUGAGUCCCUUAUCAGGCUAUCCGUCACUGACGCAGCUAACAUCAGAUGCUCUCGAUUAAAUGUAAGUAGUACAUGGGUCACUCACAAGUGUCAUAUCACAAGCUUCCGUCACUCAUCAUCUUUCCAGCUUUCUCGAAGAUAUCCUUUGUCCUACUUGCUGCAACAACUAUACGCUUCAAAAAGCCAGUUUUAACACUGGAAUAGUCGUGUUAGCUGCAUGCCAUUAAAAAAAAAAAACAAGCUGGUCAAUCUGAGCUCGUGCAGUGUUUCCUGAUCAUCAGAAAGUGUUGCAUGAAGUGCAGUUUAAAAUAAGCAAGUGAGGCACACACGAAAAAAAGAAAAAAGCUUCAGAGCCAGAGCGAACGGGAACAUAAGGAAACUCUGGUCUCGCAUCUGGCUGGAGUGAACGGCCCUUCUGAGCCUUCCAUGUCUCUCACCCCGUCCGGAAAACAAGACUGCUGCUUGGGAUUUAACUGUGAAAUGGCCUUUUAUGGACCCACUGGAUGAAGACGAGUGGAGAGGGGUUCUACAAACUAGCACAACAUUGGUUAGUCGCAAAAGCACUGACCACCAGACUUUAAAAACUAUACGAGGAACAAUGGUGCAAACGACGACCCGCCUGAGGGUGACACGGAAGUGCAUCGCUCUGAUGAAAUGACUCUCAGAGAGUCAAGAUUUUGGACAAGGGAGGCCGUGGGACCUCCCGCCGAGACACUGGGUGUGACUGCCAAAGUUGAAGCUUCAAAAGGUGUUGCCAUAAAAUAUGGUGAGUGACAUAUUGUGAAGAAGAGCUAACCGUUUCAGCUACAGUAUGUGCAAAACAAAUACAUGUACAGAAGUCUCACUCUGCAGAGGUCUUUUUUUCUUUGUCUUUUUUUACAUAGUACAGGACAACGAUAACUGCUCAUCUUCAUAAUAACAAACGUUUUCGCUACAUCCGGCUCUCUUUCCAACAUCAAUUUACUUCAAAUAUAAGAAGCAUAAUUACAAUACAUUGUGUAGUAAGAUGAGGUCUAGUGAUAUGAUUUGCGUCCCCUUCAAAAAAUGUCGACUUGUUUUAAAAUCGGGUCUGAUGAAGUCAAGUCCAGUCAAACAAACAGUAAAUCCAAUUUCCAACCAUAGAGGGACAAUACUAGGAUUUAUGGAUGCCAUUAUUAUGCCAGAAGCCACCCUAGCAGCAGUGACAGCAUCAGUCAGUCAUCACCACUGAAAAGAAAAAGAGUCAGCAUGACAAUAAGUAGAUAUCUUAACAUUCGAUAUGGCAGUUCUGUCAAUCUGUAGCAGUGUCAAAUGUGUUCUUUGGUCAUAAGUGUAUCCUACAAACUAUAAAAUGAGUGCGGGGAGUUUGUCCAAGGACCAACUGACUGAACAAUAAAUGAUAUUUAGAGGA